UUCCGAUUGGCUGUUGCCAUAGAAGCUCCAGUGUGCGCGUCACAGUGGAGCAAGCGAUGCGAUAACCGCACCUCCCGUGCCGUGGCGUAUCCUCCCGAUGAGCCUUCUGUAUCGGGCAGUCGAAUGACGGACGGGCCGUCAUUCACUGCAACUAGCGGCGCAAUAUGCCUCGUCCGAAGCGGCCUCCACCACCUGCUCCUGCUCGCAGGUUGGUCGAGAUGCCUUACUACGUGAGCGACGUGAACCCGGACUAUACGGCUGCUCUGGGAUUAUUCCAGCACCUCAACACCGAGGAGCUACAAAAGCUCCUAAACGACGAUGACCGAGUCGACAGUAUGGUCAAGGAUCUCCAACAGGUGAAGAACGCCGAGAAUGAACGUGAGAUGCUGCUGGCCAGCAACAAGAGUUUGGCUGACUUCAACCUGUCCCGGGAGCCCAAGCUCAGGCAGUCGCGGCAGCAGCUGAAGGAGCUGUACGAGCAGGCGCAGGAGCUAAUGGCUGAAGUGGAGCAGAACAAGAAAGCAUUAGACUCACUGGGAGGCCAGUCAUCCCUUGAGACAACAUUGGCGCUACUACAAACCUCAGCAGCUGAGGCAGAGGAAGAGUCAGAGAAGAUAGCCUCAAGCUUCCUGGAUGGCGAGAAGACGGUAGAGUCAUUCGUGGAAGAGUUUGUGGAAGCACGCAAGCUUGCACACUUGCGUCGCGUCAAGGCAGAGAAAAUGACCGAGCUACUGACAUGCCGCCUUCCGAGGCCCAUGGGGGGCAGCAUGCCUAGCCGGCCCGCACCACCCGCGCCUGGUUACCCCCUUCCGUCUGCUGGUCCUAUGCCUCCUUACCCCACCACACACUAUCCAAUGCCCAUGCCUUUCAUGUGAGCCUUAGAGAGUUAUCUUCUUUUUCUAACUUCAAGAGUGCCUGCUCCAGGAUAGGCUUGGCCGCGUGCUAUAUUACGCCGAGGAAUUUCUAUCAACGAGCAGGAAUAGCCGACGAGCGACGGGGACAUUUGAAAAACCCCUCAAGUUUGCUGCCUGCAGAGCAUAUUGUUGCCAUUGUGGCUUGUUGCCUUGUGAAGAUUCUGUCUCUGAUUGGUACUGUGGUUAUGUUGACAGUGUGAUAUUUCUUUCACACUUCUUACUUUCUUUGCUGUUAGCUUAUCAUGAAUGUAGGGGUGUGUGAACACCAGUAAUUUUUUAGACGGAACCGAAUACGAAUCUAAUAGUGCCAGAUGCUAAUUAAUAUAAGACAGUGUUCACAUCCUAGCAUUUAUAAUGUUAGAAAGUUUAUGUCACUACAGUACGCAUUACGAAGCAUUGUUUACUACAAGCGCAAAUGGAGAAAACGGGAAAAAAAUAAGCAGUUUAUUCGCAUGCACAGGGCUCUUGACCGAGUGUGAAUUAUUAUAAUAUAGUCGGUAAGGUCUGGCUCCCUGAGCAUUGUCGCCUGCUCCACUACAUACAGUUCGCAUGUUUUAUGCUGCCUAUACUAUUCCCGCAGGGAUUCAAUUUAUUGUACUUUUGUUCCAACUUUGUUUGAUUAUGCAAAACUAUGAAAAAAAGUUGUCUUUAUAAAUAGUAACAAUUCAGUUUGAAGACCAAAUUCAAUAGGACAAUGUUUCAUUCUUUAUUCGAAAAUUUUGAAUUCAUGGACCACUAGUCAUGACCUUUUUUGCACAUUACUGUCAUUUUUAGAAUGUUAUUUGCGGCAGAUGAAUUGUCCUUUUAUGUACUGUAGUUGCCAUGAGGCCAUGUUUACGUCCUAAAUCUACACUAGACAUCUUGCUUCAGUAAAACUGUCAUACAGUAGACAAGUCAAGACCAAGCGAAAUGUUUACUGAACCAAGUAUGUGGGCUAUACACUAAACCAUGCCAGUAAAAUUUUUCAGACCUGCUUCUUCAGUUGGUAAGAUGUUGCGAAGGGUUUGGCAUUGUGCUCUGCAAAGUAGUUUUCGUGGAAAAUUUAGAGUGUCCCCCAUGAGCAAACAGUUUUUAAUGUUGUGCCCAUGGUGAUGUAAUACGCCUACAAGCGAGGAUUGUUUUCUCCUUCAGGAGGUUGCUGUGCCUACUAUAGUCUGUGUAUGUGAAAUCGCUUACUUUGCACAGUUCUCUAAUAUGACAUCUCCUGCCUGGAUUCUCUGCACCACUCCUUGCUGGGCUGAAGCAAAGGUGUGAGUGUGUGUGCAAGCUUUAGUUUUAGCCGUCGCAUUUGCUUCCUGUGCUGAUGCUUUAGAGAAAUUGUGAAAGACUUGGGCUAUCUCUCACUUAAGAAAGGACAGGCGUAAUCUAUUUACUAUAUUCAAGUAUAGGGUAGGAACAAGUGGUGGCAGGAGCGGGUUGGCUUGAUAUAUAGAGAGAAUGUAGUUUCGCAAAGUACAAAUGUUGGGCUAGUUGGUGCGUAGGUGUCGAUGUUCGUGGCACGAAAGGUUAGCUAGAGAAAGAAUAAAACGGACAGAUAUUUCUGUUCUUUUCUUUGGUAACCUUUUGUGCCACAAACAUAGAUGGCACACACAGGAAAUUUCGUCACUGAAAUAAGAUUGUGCGGUUCUUCGCACUUAGGUGUGAUUGAAUGCACUCGUGGCGUCAGUCAUGUGAACGAAAUGACUUGAGUUUUACUGUGUUGAAACAUCUCUUGAUUCUGCUUGACAUUGACGCUGCGAUUUGUUUGCAGGGGCUCAAUUUAUAUGUUUCCCCUCCACACAUUUUACAUGUGCGUGUAUGUGGAGUACAUUGCAUGACGCACUCUGGUUGCUUCAGCACACUUGCUUAUAAGUUCUAGUUCCUCUGCAGAGUGCACCAUGGAUAUUGUAUCACUCCAGAAAACUGUAUGCUAUGUUUUAGCUAUUUGUGUGACUUGUGGGGUGAAUACCUCAUAGAAUCGUGGAGCCUAUGCAGCGGGGGUGAAAGGGGGAGGGGGGGGGGGUGAGAAUAGUGUCACAGUGGACAACGGUCACUGGAUCUUGGGGAUGGGUGAUGACUCAGGAUAUUAGGGUAGAAACGGUUUGUUCACUAGGACAUUGUCGUGUGACCUUUAUGCCGUAGUUUCUUUGUAUAUUUAAUCUUUCAAAAGGGCGAAGAGUGUGUCUGCAGAUGCUCUGCCCCAACUUGACUUACACUAUCUUGCAAUCGGCACAGCCAAUAUAGCGCUGCCUAAUCUUGAUGGCUUCCCUGGCUGAAAUGUACUAGGUAGCUUUCGUCGGUUCCGGCUCCAUAGCACAUUGGCACUGCGUGCUUUCGUGCGUACACAGAGUAUCUUGGAUGAAAAAUCAGCCUGCUGGCUUUCCAGUCAGUUGUACUGUGAGAGGAGUGAUGGUUUAGUGCAAACUGUACAGUGCAGAAUGCAGUACACUGCAGGUGUCUCAUGCUGGAGUCUAGGUAUAGCAUGUACAACUUUUUAACUUGAAUCAUAUUGCAUCUGGUUGCUGCUUGUACGGAUUCUGCAUAUGAAUUUUGGCAUUGAAUGCGCUAAAUUGAUGUACAGUGCGAAUUAUGUGAGUUAAGCAGUGCAAAGCCAUUGUGUUGCACAAUUCUUGCAUAAAUUUAUGUUUAGUUGCACUAUUUAAUGCUGAAAAGUGGAGUGCUGGAACUCUCUAGAGCUGCUCUUUGUGUGUACAGUUAAGCCAAAAUUAAUCUCCUUGCUCACGUCAUAAAUGCUGAAAAAGGAAGAAAUUGUUCAACCAUUGAGGCAGCUCUUCGAGUGCACUCUAUAAAGCUGCUUUGUUUGUUUUUCUCAAACUGACUGUCGUACAAACAACAAAAAUACUACUACUGAAGCCGCUGUGAAGAUGUGCUUGUUGCGAGUGCACUAGUGUGAUGAAAAAAAUAACAAAAUAAAAGGCAAAUAAAUAUUAUUCCUGGAGCUAUAUUAUGUAAGGGUUCUUCUCCUUCGGUUCUGUUCAUUUCUUAAUACCUGUUGCAUCAUGUGGGUGAUGCUCCUGCUAACAAAUAUGCGGCCUCGUGUAAGUUAUCGACAAAGAGCAGAAAGACUGGAAUGAGAAGAAUUGUUGCAAAAUACAGCCCUUGGUUUGCCUGGCAGUAAUCUAGAGGCCUGUUGUGGCCAUGUAAGAACAUAUCAGUGCUGCUGCUGUUAGGAAUGUGCCAUUAGGUCUUUAUCUUGUGGAGAGCCAUUGCUCUUGAAGCGCAUUUUAAUUUUAGCUCCAUUUGUACAUGUAAUACGUAUAUGCAUAUCUGCUCCUUCAAUGAGAGGUCUAUUACUAUUUUUUUCUUUAAUUUGUCGUGCACGCACACAACGCUGAAGGCAUCCAGCUGAAUGAGCUCUUUUAAUGAUGCUAUUUGCAGGCUCUGUUUGGUCACAUCUUUCUGAACCUGGAAUAACAUGAUGCUAUUCAGCUUUGUUUUUUGAAGCUUGUGAAAAGCAUGGCAUACUUCUGCGUGAUUACAUCAGUGGCUGGCAGAAUAUUUUGCAUUACUAGUGUGUGGCUCCAGUUUAUGUGGAAAACGCAGGUUGCAGCGUUUUGUUUUGUACUUUUUUCUGCCGACUGCAAUAACUUUGGACCUUGGUUUUGUAAAAUUAUGUGUGAACUCAUUCGUCCUUCGUAAUGGAAUGUAUAUUGUGCUCUCACUGAUGGAUACUAUGUUGUGUUAUCUUAUUUGCCAAAUCAAAACGCAGUUGUGCGUGUCCCAAGCACAAGUGUGGAAAUGCAGUGGUCAUUUGCAAAUAAAAGGCACAUGGUUGUUUUCCUGCUUAGGAGUGACUGCCAUCUCAAUAGGCAAGUUGAUUGUGCUUCUCUACUGCUGCAUGAAGUGGCUAUUUUAUGUGGGCGUUUGUUUCUACAUUGUACAUAUGUCACUUUAAAUGGGAAAAAGAAAAGAACAGUACAUGUGGGCCUGCAAAUUGUUUUUCUUUCUGGCAUCCCAGGAAGCCCUUACUUAUACCAGACUUCUCCAAUGUUUUUUUGACUGCCCACUUCAACUGGCUUAAUUGACUGGCAGUCAUUAAAGAAAAGUAGCUGGAGGAAGAAGAAUUCGGGGAUACCCACGACUUAUCACCAGUGGGGCCCUGGACUGAGGGACCCACCCACUGGACCUGAAUGUGAUUUUUUUUUAAAUAAAAGUGUUGUUCUACUACACUUCUACUUGCCUUUUGUUCACGCAUAAAUGAAUAAAUGCUGUUUCACUUGGUUGCUUAA